UAAUUGAGGGUUUAAUUUUUUCUAUAUUUAAUUUGUAAAAAUCUACUAUUACAAUGACUACUAUACCUGCCUUUACUCCAGACAUUGCAAAAGCUGUUUUAACUGAUGUCUUGACAGCAUUAAAUGCUCCAGAAAAUAUUCAGAAAUUGGCAGAAGCCAAAGAAAAUUCUGGGAAUGAAAUGCUCAAAAUGAUGCAGUUUGUUUUUCCCAUUAUUGUACAAAUUCAAAUGGAUGUAAUUAAGAACUAUGGGUUUCCAGAAGGUAGAGAAGGUACAGUGCAAUUUGCACAAUUACUUAGGGCCCUAGAAAGGGAGGAUCCUGAAAUAGCACAAUUACAUAGUCAAGUUCGCUCGUAUUUUCUACCCCCAGUUACUAUAAGUUCUUCAACUGAAGCAUCCCUUUAGAAUAAAAUAAUUUCCAAUUGUUAGGUUCAUUUAAAUCUUUGCAAAAAAGCAUAUACAAGGACGUUUCAAAUUAAAUAUUUAAUCAGAAAAAUUAAAAAUUUUUACAUUUAUUUAUAUAAUAAUAAUAAUAAUAAUAUACUCUACUAAAAUAUAUAAUCAUUCAUAAAUGUUCUUUAAACUUUCUCUGCACUUACACCAACUAAAAACUAAACAGUGUUCCAUUGUUCGCGUAAAAAUGAAGAACGUGCAUGUACAACAUUUACAUAAAAAGAAAAAUAGCUUUUCGUUAAUACGUUUAUAAAAAAAAAAUGCAUCUUAUGUAUCUAGUUAGCUGAAACAAAUUUCAUACGGUAUAACACGUUUACAUGUAUAUCGAUAGGCACAACGAUUGAAUGCAAUACUUCUUUUUUUUUCUUCUAUAAAAGCAAUAAGAAUAGAUCGUUGUCGGUCUAUAAUGUAAUCUGAAAUUGAAGUUGAUGAGAAAAUUGAAGGCUUAUCAUGUAGACCCAACUUCAUUAUUUCGCGAACAUUUGGAUAAAUACGCAUUAAAUAUACAAUUUCAAAUAUAUAAGCAAUUACGUUUGAAAAUGCAUAAAGAAAGAAAAGUUAUUAAUUUAACGAAGAAUAAUACAAUGGAAUUAUUUAAGCAAUAUUUACCUAACACAAUUUUAAUCGUGCAAUUCAUAUAUGGUUUACUUAGAACAAAUAGACAAAUAUAGUUCCCCUUUGCCAAUUGUUAAACAUAUGGAAACAGUUUCUUCUGUAUAAAAACUGUAAAAUGCAUUUACAUUUCUAAAAUGGAAAUGCCGAGUUUGCAUUUGCGACUAUCGAUAAAUUAAUCCUUCAAAAAAGUCACUAAUACAAUGAUUAGAAUGUUAAAUAGUUAAUCACAUUUCCGUCUUACAGGGUUGCAACUAUAGUCUUGAAAAAUGUUUACAAAAUAUACAAUAAUUAACUGAGUAAUAUUUCCUGGACAAAAAAAAAAAAAAAAACAGGAAAUAAUUGGUAAAAUGUUACAAAACCCUUCAGAUUUUAACCGAAUUGCUGUAGAAGCAACUUAUUUGACAACCGGGGAACGAUAUGCUGUAACAUAUUUACAAUUCUUUUUUAAUUAUAAAUCAAGGUACAAUCGUAAAUUGUUUCGUGUAUAAAGAAAGUAACGCGGUUCUCCGCGUUACCUUUCAUUAUCAGAUCAUGAUCGUUCAUUUAAUCCGACAGUCGAACGAAUAAAGACACUGUCCUAAUCUGGAAAAUUACCAUCAAAAAUUAUGUUUCUGUUAAAGAAUAAAACGCUUUGAUUAAAUUCUUCAUUAAUAAGAAAAUGCACAUUAGUUUACGCUACGCUUUGUUCUUGACAGUGCACGAAGUCGAUGUUCAAUAACCAUUCAAAUUAAAUGCAUAAAAUUUCCAAACUGAAGUUAAACUUGUACAUAUGGUAUUUACCGUAAUGACUUUAAAGUUUGAUAUAUUACUUUUGCGAUCAUAAAAUUGCUCAAUUGUCCCAUCUUCAAGUAUUCUGAAGUGUUAGUAAACGACCUAUCAUAUCGCUAAUAUACACAUCUCUUCUCGUAAGAUGGGUAUUAGUCAUAAAAGGCAUGCUAUGACAAGAAUAUUUCACGAAUCACAAUCAAUUGCGUGUCAUAUAUAAACGUAUAACAUAAAUUAAAGAACCCUGUUCGAUAUAAUAUAUUUUUGCAAAUUACGAUUACAGUCUCACGAUCUCAUUAGCUGUAGAAAAACAUGUACAUGAAUAUAAAACAAAGAAAAUCAUCUUAA